GAGCUGCCAAAGGCAACAGUCUUUUUGCUGCAGAGAUGCACCUUCUUCUUCCUCUUUUGCAACUGUUUGUGAAAAUGCCAGUGCAACGCACAUUUCUUUAAGCGAUGGAUUCUGUGACAAGCAGUCGCUCCAUGAAACUUCGUCGAGGCAGGCUAUGAUCCCUUUACGCCUCACCUUCUGAUCUGAAGAGGCUGUGAACAUUCUCUUUACAGAUUGAUGUACGCUGCAGUUCCCCUUCUGUUUUCACGCUACCGACACUGAGAAGCUUCACUGAGGCAUGUGAAGACCUUUAUGCUUCUCUUUAUUCGCUCUCAAAGACUCUUUGUCUUGUAACGUCAACGUAUGCAUCGCUGUGUCACGCUUCAUGGAUGGACACCCUGUGAUGCUUCGACACCCACUCUCCUGUGAUAACAAAAUGGAAGUUUCAGUUGUACUGAUGGCGUAUGAAUUCUACUUUAUUCAGUCACAUGACGAGAUGAGCUCCCACUGCAACAUGCAGCUAUUCCAAGGAGAAGUCUGGAAGAGACAAACUCCAUUAAUGGCUGUGGCAUCAGGCCUUGCCUGCACGCAGCAUCUGCUCUGUCCUCGACUGACACACUGACUCGACUGUUCCUAACAAGACAGCCACUCAUCUGAUGAUGAGUCUCCGUGUGAGGAUGCAGAUUGUUCUUCUUCUUCUUCUUUGAUUUGUUAGGACGUAUAAUAGUGGAUAUGUGUUGAGGGAACAAGAGGCUUCUGAAUGCAGAGGGGCUUGUGGAGUGAGAAGCUUGGUUGAACUUAUCGACGACUCAUUCGUGCGAGGCAUUCUCCUUCUCCGCUCGUUUAGGCUUCUUUGAUGUGAUUUCUUGCGUCCAAUGAAGUCACUUAAAUGCAGGAAGUGGAACGCUGAAGAUUAUUCCUGUGGAAGCAAUGGGCUCUGUUGGAGAGGUCUCUGCAAGGCACAGGCGUUCUAGGAGUGAUUCAGACAAGAGAAUAAGGACGGACAAACUGGAUGUAUCGGUCAAAUCAUUUCAUCAUGUUAGGAUGGAUGUGGAAGAAGUCGGCCAAGCUGAGAUCAAGAAAGGGCCUUCACCUAACUGUGAGGUUGAAAGCUCUCUCAAGAAAGAGAUUCAACAACUUGAGAAAUGCCUCAAGGAUCAGUUUGUUGUGCGACAAGCUCUAGAAAAAGCGUUGCGGCACAAGAGUUCUGCCAUUGAUACAUCGAUUGAUGGUUAUAUUCCAAAGCCAACCAAGGAGCUAAUAAGGGAGAUUGCGAUGUUAGAGUUAGAGGUUGUGCAUUUGGAACAAUAUCUUCUAUCACUCUACCGAAGAGUCUUUGAACAACGUAUAUCAAAUGUAUCUCCCACUGCUGUUGAAGAUGUAAAGAAGCAGCAACUGAUUUCCCAGUCAAUGCCAUUUCCAGAAGCCGCAACGCAUGAUAUCCCAUUCAGAAAAGCCGAAUCAGCAUUUCAGUCGAGUCAUAUUCUUCUUCCACGAAAAUCAGCAAACAAGUUAUGCAAUGAAGCUUGUCCUGUUAAUUGUCAAGAGAAGCAUGGUCGUGGCAUUCACCGCAGCCAUUCAUCACUAGUGCCACGCUCAGUAUGUUCAGCUAAAGGGUCACCUUCGGCAAAGAAUCUAGCUCGAGCUCUCGGGGCAUGCCAUACUCUACCUUUAUCGUUACUUAAACAUGGACAAGACUUCAAUUCAGCGGUAACAAGGCUGGCAGAUCAUCUUGGAACAACAAUUGCUGAUCACAUUCCUGAGACACCAAACAAACUAUCUGAAGACAUGAUCAAGUCCAUGUGUGCCAUCUAUUGUAAACUUUCAGAUGACCAUGUUGGGCAUCACUGUGUCGCAUCUUCACCUACUUUGUCCUUCUCAUCAAGGAAUACAUUUUCUCCCUGUUAUAUGAAAGAACUGCAGAGCCCUUAUUGUAAAAGAGAAGCUGUCCUUGAUGCAUGGAUGGAGAAUUCUUGCUGCACUGAAAGAUUAAAGGAUUUCAGUGGACCUUACAGUGUGAUGGUAGAGGUGUCUUCAAUAUGCAAGCACAGCCGAAGGUCUAGUGAUCUUGAUGAAAUGCUGCAGAAUUAUAAAUUGCUUGUUCAGCGAUUGGAAAUGGUUGAUCCGAGAUUGAUGAGCAAUGACGAAAAGAUUGCUUUCUGGAUUAACAUACACAAUGCAAUUAUGAUGCAUGCACAUCUGGAAUAUGGGAUUCCAGGAAGCAACAUAAAAAAGGCAUCCUCACUAAUCAAGAAUACAUACAAUAUAGGUGGUCGCAUGAUAAAUGCAGACAUAAUACAGGGCUCAAUACUUGGAUGCCGAAUGCAUCCUCCUGGGCAGUGGCUACGCUUAUUACUCUUCUCACAAGUAAAGAUCAAAGAUGGUGAUGAGUGGAAAACCUAUGCCAUCAAGAAUCCUGAACCUCUGAUACGCUUUGCACUUUGUUCAGGAGGCCAUUCAGAUCCCGCGGUUAGAGUGUACAAUCCAAAGAGAUUGUUCCAUCAGCUGGAAUCUGCAAAGAUGGAGUACAUCCAUGCAACUGUGACCGUUCGAAAGGGAUACAAGAUUCUUCUGCCAAGACUCGUCGAUUUCUUCGCGAAGGACUCCAAUCAAUCUACUCAAGAAUUACUGAACAUGAUCAAGUGCUAUCUUCCCGAGAGGUUGAGGUUGGUGAUCAACGGAUGCCAUGAAAGCAGCUGCCGCAAGAUCAUCGAGUGGGUGCCUCACAACUUCUCUUUCAGGUACUUGUUGCCAAGAGAACUUGGAAAUGCUCAGCUGAACUGAUGCCAUUCACCAUGUACAGUCUUGAGGAAGAAAUAGGCUUUGUGACUGAUUGAUGUACAUAAUCCAAUGCAAAUUGUUCUGAUCGCAUCAAUUGAUGUUCUCUUGAUUUA